AUGGUUGCCUAUAACCCCGUCCUUCGAGGCAAGUGGACGUUGAAGAAGUUUAAUGCGACCGUGAUCAAUGACAUCUGGCCGGAGGUGUUGUUUUUUACCGCCGUAGCAACCAUGGUGACGUUUGUAUCCAUUAAAACACCACACUCUUUGGCGGUUAACCCGCAAUUAUUGACUGUACUGGGUACUGUCCUCGGUUUGGUGAUUUCGUUCAGGACGUCCUCUGCAUAUGAGAGAUCCGCUGUCUUUUGUGUCUGUUCAUUCUGACCCGAUUCCAGCUGUUGAAAAUCCAGAAGCAUUAGUAGGCCUAUGCUGAGUGACAAAAUCAGUCAUAUGAAUCACACUUACAUCCUCCGCUCUUUCGUUCCUGCUUCUUCAUACAAGCUAUCAUCCGUUCCAUGACAUUGUAGCAGACCAUGCAAUUGACGCAUCUGUAUAUAAACAACGUUUCAAUGACAU